UUUCGGUUCACACAGUAAAGCAGAAGAGCUAUUGCUUUUGCUAGAAAGUCAUUUUCAUAAUUUUUAACACUGUUUAACGUAAUUUAAGCAAUGGAAAAUGACAUACUCGACUCUUUGGAAGAUCUUGGGUACACAGGAUCUGGUCUGGAUGAAUCAAGCUUGACGGCUGCUGUGGAAGGGGGUCCCAAGUCCCCUGAGUACACACAGCUGGUGGAAUGGCUCUCACAUCAACUCAAACAGUUCUGUGCACUAGACGAACAUAUCAACGCCGUUUCAAAUGCUGAUGAAUCAUCUAGCUUUCUGCUUGAAGUUAGUGGAUUCCUAAGAGAACUUGGUUGUCCAUAUCCGACACUGAUAGAUGGUCCGAUUAGUCAGCGAAUGAACACACGAGAAAGUAGAUUGCUGUUGUUAGACUUCCUGUGUUCUGAGCUGGCCAGUGUCCGGAUGCUAGCAGUAACACGACCAGGACUUCUCAAAUCGGCUGUCACAAGUCCAGAGUCCGUCUCUGCUCAGGCCGAGAGUGAUGAAGCUUCUCAUUUGAAGAAUAUGUUGAUUGCUCUUGGCUUUCCUAAACCACCAGCAGAUAUAACACCAUUCCAGCUGUUUAGUAAGGUAGAAAGUAAGGUAACAGAAUUAAUGACCAAGCACCCUGAUAUUAUUGGCAAACCAUUACUGAAGGCUCGGUUGUCAGACAAGCAGUGGGAUCAAGUGUUGAAGAUUAACAGCGCCCUCUGUGAGGAAUACAAGAUUCGACGAGACAUGUUGCUCAAACGACUUGACGUCACAAUACAGUCCUUUAAAUGGUCAGAUCAAGGAAAGAGAAAUGAAAAUAAAAUAGCUGAAGUGUACCAACCAAUCAGAAAACAACUGACUGCCAAAACUGAUGUUGAUAUUCCUCAGAUAUUGUCUGCAAGAGAUGACUUAAUUCGGAUUCAGAAAACAGUAAGCGGAGCAGCCAGAGAGAAGACCAAGUGUGCAAUCAAUAAAGUGUUAAUUGGCAAGGUGCCUGAUCGUGGUGGGAGAGCAUAUGAGUUGGAGCCGCCGCCUCCUGAAAUGCCAUCAUUCAUGCAGAGAUCAGCUGCUCCUCAGCGUGGUGGUCAUGGUGACCGUGGCGGUCGUGGGGGCUCAGCGGGUGGACGGGGGCGGGUACAGAGUGGUUGGGAUUCACGUGGCCAAGAUGUUGGACAACAGUGGAAACAAGGGGGUGGUGGAUACAGAUCACAGGGGGGAGGUUAUCAGGGUGGUGAUGCAUUUCAGGGAGGUGGAGGACAUCGGGGAGGGGGAUAUCAGGGAGGAGGAGGUGGAGGCUAUCAAGGAGGGGGUUAUCAAGGUGGAGGUGGAUAUCAGGGAGGGGGAGGGUAUCAGGGAGGAGGAGGAUAUCAGGGAGAGGGAGGGGGAUAUCAGGGAGGGGGAAGAGGUGGUUAUCAAGAUGAUGGUAGAGGUCUUAGUAUGCAGGUGCGUGACCGACUUGAGCAGGGGGUCAAUGUCCACCCGUAUCCCUGA